UUCGGAACGAAGUGCAAUGCUUGCUUCCAGUCGAUCCCUUCGAGUGAACUUGUGAUGAGGGCGCUCUCCAACGUGUACCAUCUCCGCUGUUUCACAUGUGUCACGUGCGACCAACAGCUCAAAAAGGGCGACGAGUUCGUACUCAAGGAGAAUCGCCUCUAUUGCAAAGAGGACUACACGAAAGAGCACACGGUUGAUACGCAAAAAGUGUCUUCAAAGUCAAGUUCGCAAGAUGGCCGAAAGGGACCCAAGCGACCAAGAACAAUCCUCACGACGUCACAAAGACGGGCUUUCAAAGCAUCUUUCGAGGUGUCCUCUAAACCUUGCAGAAAGGUCCGGGAAACCCUUGCAAAGGAGACUGGUCUAAGUGUAAGGGUAGUCCAGGUCUGGUUCCAGAACCAACGAGCUAAGGUAAGGAAGGAACAUAUGAAGAAGCUAGCAAGGAAGAGCAUGACAGAGCAGGAGGCAGCAGCACAAAGAAGAUCAGGAAACGACGACCAAGAUGAAAGCAAAGACGACGACAGCGAUUUCUCUUUCAGUGACGUCACAGAUCUGGAUAACUACGCGUCGGGCGGACCCAACUCCAUUCCACCCUCCUCCCACCAAGGCAUGAUGGAAUCACCCUACGGCCAGGACUCACCUCUUGGGAAUCAACCACCGGGAAUUGGCAUGAUGAACCAGCCCAUGUACAGCCCUGAGCAGUACAUGGCCGACGGUCCUCCACCCGGGAUGGAUGUAGGAGGGGUGAUGGACCACCAUGACGUCAUGAUCCCUAACGGUCAAGUCACCACGCUCCUCACCAAGGGGGAAAUGGAGAUGAAUGGGGUGGUACAUGUCCCCCAUGUAGGGGGUAUCAUCAGUAACCCUAUCGACAAGCUAUACUCAAUGCAGGAUUCCUAUUUUAACGCGGUGGAAUAAUCAGACCUCCGCAAAAGACUUAGAGCAGAGGAAAAUAGCAACAGACAAUAUGGAAUAAAGUAACUGUUUUUUAUUCCUGGACUACUAUUUUGUAAAGUGUAUUAUGUUCAUUGACACUGAACAUCGAUUUCAACUAAAGCACACCGAUGUACGUUCAAAAAUUUAAGUUGGAGCGGGAAAUGAGUUAAGCAGAAGGAUACCCGAAGAUGCAAAAGUCGGCGUCAACAUCCCGUAACCAUGGAAACAAAAAGUUCAGGAGAAGGACUAAAGAGGAGCAGGUGACAGCAUGUAGAUCACGUGAUGGAUGGGGUGGAUCUUAGUGAAUGCACGACCUAACGAUGAUUGUGACGUAUAUGGAGUUGAAUCACGAUUGGAGGAGUGUUGAAUUUGGUCUUGGACCUAAUUCGUUCCAAGACUUCUCGGUUUAAACAAAUAUUACGGAAUAAUCCUAGAAUUCAUCGCAUGCUCAAGAUGGAAAAAAAGGCGCCAACUUUGGCUGAUAACCGUGCCAGGACAAUCCCAAAAGAUUGAAGUCUGAAUUUUCGUAGCAUUCUUUCAUCAGAUGGCUUUGUAUCAAUGACAGUAUGGAAAGAAGAAGAAAGAAUUUGAAACCGAAUUUGAAAUAGCUGCGUCCGAGUCUUAUGAGAAACAUUGACAAAAUGACUGCAGACACAGCCGGUAUUAUGAACGUGGUUGUAUAUUCAUUUAUUCCGAAAAACCCAAUAAUUUAUGGAGUCAUAAUUUAUGAUAAUGCCGUUUGUAAAAGAGAAAGAAUGAUAUAUUCGGAAGGAACAGCUUCAUUAUCUAGGUUCUAUGACAGGAACGAUCAAUUAAAAACGUCGCGAUCUCUAUUCAAACGUCACAUGUGAAAUCAUGAAAGGUUUGCAAAUGUUUUGUCACCAGUACAGAAUACCUUUUUUUUUGCAUUUACAGAUCAGAUAGGCUUCUUCAUCAUGAACGGAAGCGUAAGUGAGUCGUAGUAAUGACGAUGUCAAUGUUGACGACAUUUUUAUACAGAAACCUAAUAAUUGUAAUAGAAUCGCAUGAAUUCAUAAUGAAAAUAUGGAGAUUGGCGAAAGCUUUACAGGAAGAGUAAGGAGAAGAGACUUUUGAAGAGACUUUUGACGUCAAAUUUUCAUUUGGCGCAUAUAGAAAUGAGUUAUGUCUUUAUCAUGUACAAAUUAUACCGACAGUAGAUUUAUUCUGCCAAGAAACGUGCAAUCAAUUUUUGUUAUUUUUGUUUUAGAAAUGCCUCAUAUUUUAUGUCAUGUUUUGAAAGUACUUGUUUCCAGGAUACUGGUAUGAGAAUAUCUCACUUUUAAUUUAUUCAGUUCUGUCUCUGUUUCUUAUUUAUAUUCUUAAAAAGGUCCCGUCAAAGAAAACGACUGUUCUCUUAAAUUACACGUAGUUUGUGAAAUUUCAGUACUUCAAAUUAUCCUGCCAAUUUUUAGAGAUGUUUUAAAGACUACAUGGACCCUUUGGAACUAUUAUUGAUGACAAAGAGCAGUGUAACUUUAAAAUGUUAAGAUUAUCAGUACUGCUAGUGACCACUAGGGUGUUCAAUUUGCAUCACUAAAAUGAAUGGUACAACUUGUACAACUAUUUUCAGAAACUUCAGCUCCAAAUAUAAUAAUUGAAAUAACUGUAAACCUUGAUACGAUUUAAAUUCAUCGCUUGAGAGAAUAUGAUUAAUCUAUGAGAUAUAUCAAUUCAAUAUUUUAUUCGGACAAUUACAGUCAAAUAAACGGCUUAUUUAAUACUCAAUUAAAUGCACCGACGUAACAUUAUUGACGAUUUGAAUUGUGGGAGUAAUUAGUAUUUCAUGUCUAAUUAUUUAUCUUUUCCAAACAAAAUAAUUAGAUUUGAAUUUUGUUUUCUAAAACUGUCAAAGAGAAAUCCUGGAUGUAAAUUACGUGAAUGUACAGAUUUCUAAUAGUCUUAGCAAUGAAACCGCGAAUGGGAUUUCUUUUCUUUUGAUAUAAAAUAAAACUUGUGCUUUCAUUUGUAAUUCUUUUAAAAAGAAACCAUUCCACUGUAUUUUCCUCUGUGUAUGAUGUAGAUGGUGUAUUAGUUAAUCGUGUCAUAUACUUGUCAGAUUUUUUUUCAUAUCAUGUCUAUUUUAUAACGUGCUGUCAAUUUUCACUUUGUAUUUAUUGACUUAUUUAUUACAAUUUUAAGUUUCAAUGCCAUUUGAACACAAAUAUUUGUAUAAUGUACAUAUUCUAGAACUAUGUCUAUUAUGUUCCCUUAUUUAUAUCUAAUUAUGAACAGAGGGGAGUUCGUUUUCUUUCCUAUACAUUCAAGUCCAUGUGCAAAGAUUUUAGACGAGUAUGAAUGUUUUCUUUUCAUCUUGAUUAUUAAAUGUAAAUGCAUUAUUCAGA